AUGAAUGGGUCCCGCGUUCUGGAAUGUGACAUGAGUCGCGACAAGGGCGAGCGUUCUACACCAGGUCAGAAAGGCCAUGUCGAAUUGAAGCAGACUGCCUCUGAUGGCCAUCAGUUGCUGCAUCCCUCAGAACCAUUGGCCUCCUCAUUUGAUUACCAACCGACCCUGUUCCCAGUCCGUUCAACGAGCCACCGUGUGAAGAAAACCACUCCGCCCACGAAUCGAUUUAGAUCCUACUGGGUAUCCAGUCUUCUGUACGGCAUUGGCGGUUUAUUGCGGUCUAUCAUCUCAUCGGCUUCAAGGAUCUCCGUCAAUGCGAGAGACGUUGUCCACGUCCACUCGAUUCGCGAGCCGCGACAGCGCGCUCGUAAAGCGAAGCAUCGUGUCGAUGAGAAAGCAGUCGUGACCUCGUCUCGUGGGGAUUUAUUGUUUGAUUGUGUCGGUUUGAAAAAAAAAACUCAAUUGCACAAAGACCAUAUGGCGAGCGCCACAAAAGGGCUCCGGGCUUCUAAAGAAAAAAGAAAAGGAAAGCUGUCUACCCGGGCCGGCUGA